AAAGUGUCUGUUAGAUCUUUGAAGGAGUAGGGAGUCUUGAGUUGGAGUGUAGUUUUCUGGUGACUUGGUUUUAGGGUUGCCAGAAAUGGCCAAGUUUUGGCCACAGUGCUUGGUUUAUGCCUUGGCAUUUUGCUUGGUAGCCACUAAUGUAGUGGCUGAUGAUGACAGUCCUUAUGAACCUUACAAGCCUUACAAUUAUGCAUCUCCUCCCCUGCCACCUCCAGCUUAUGCUUACAAGUCUCCAUAUCCUUACUACUAUAAGUCUCCACCACCUCCUUCCCCGUAUUACAAGUCACCACCACCACCUCCUCCAUAUUAUUACAAAUCCCCACCUCCUCCAUCUCCCUCACCGCCUCCUCCUUACUAUUAUAAAUCUCCACCACCACCAUCUCCUUACUACUAUCAGUCACCACCUCCUUCUCCCUAUAUUUACAAAUCCCCACCUCCACCUCCUUAUUACUACCUUUCCCCACCUCCGCCUCCUUACUACUACCAGUCACCACCUCCCCCACCUUAUAUUUACAAGUCUCCACCACCGCCAUCUCCAUCUCCUCCUCCACCAUACAUCUACAAGUCCCCACCUCCACCAUCUCCAUCUCCGCCUCCUCCCUACAUUUACAAAUCUCCACCACCACCAUCCCCAUCUCCACCUCCUCCAUAUGUCUAUAAAUCUCCGCCACCUCCCUACAUUUACAAAUCUCCACCACCACCAUCCCCAUCUCCGCCUCCUCCAUAUAUUUACAAAUCCCCACCACCUCCUUCUCCAUCACCGCCACCUCCUUAUGUCUACACAUCCCCACCACCUCCUCCUUAUAUCUACAAAUCCCCACCUCCUCCUCCUUACAUCUACAAGUCACCCCCUCCCCCUUCUCCAUCACCUCCUCCACCUUAUUACUACAAAUCCCCACCUCCUCCUCCUUACAUCUACAAGUCACCCCCUCCCCCUUCUCCAUCACCUCCUCCACCUUAUUACUACAAAUCACCACCACCUCCAUCACCUGCUCCCCCGCCUCCCUACUACUACAAGUCCCCGCCUCCACCAUCCCCAUCGCCUCCUCCACCGUAUUAUUACAAGUCCCCUCCUCCACCAUCACCUCCACCUCCAAUGUACUACUACUCAUCACCACCACCUCCUCCCACAUACUACUAAACAAGACGCUAUCUCUACUAGUUGUAUUUCAUGCUUUAUUAGAAAGAAUAAAUGGUACAAAAAGGGGAAUCAGUUGUUUUCCUGGAGUCCCAUCCUCGGCUACUUCACCUCAAAGAAGACAACUGGUUUAAGAAUAAGGGGGCAUGACAUGGAGGGAUGGUGCUUCUCCUGCAGCCUGUUUUGUGUGCUUUCAAUUCUAUGUUCAUAAUGUCUACAAUAUUCCAUUUGUUUACUGUUGGUUAGAACAUAUACUCGUCCAUUUGCCUCAGAUUUGGAAAUAAAAUGAACCCAUUCGAUGGGCAUAUGUAGACCGGAUUAAUUAAGAGAAACUGCAUGUUGUUUGAGAGAGAUGAUCAAACUUUGGACAUGAAGCAGCAGCAUCCAGGAACAAAAUUAUUAAUAUAGAUACUAGUGAAGUUAACUUUCCUUUUAA